AUGCCUCUCACCGCACAAGAAGUCGCACUCGUCGAAACCGCUACUACCACAAUCAACAGUAUCCCCCUCUCUGAGGACUACAGCGUCGCCAGCACCGUCCUGUCCGCCGACGGCCGAGUCUUCUCUGGCGUCAACGUAUACCACUUCACCGGCGGUCCCUGUGCCGAACUCGUGGUGCUCGGAAUCGCAGCAGCAGCAGGAGCCACAAAGUUGACGCACAUCGUCGCGGUCGGGAACGAGGGUCGUGGCAUUUUGAGUCCCUGCGGUCGGUGCCGACAGGUUCUAAUUGAUCUCCAGCCGGAGAUUCAGGUCAUAAUCGGACAAAGAGGUUCAGAAAGUGUGGUGCCCAUCACAGAGCUGCUUCCUUCGUGGUACUCGACAGUGCAGUGA